UUGACAAACUUUUUAUUUAGUGUCAACAUUUUAUUUACACUCUCAACAUCCACCAACUGCGCAAAACACAUAGAACACUGUUUAUACAUAAAUAUUAAAAAUAUUAAAACAUGAAUACAGACGAUAAUCCGCCGAAUUCGGAACCCAAGGCUGAUCCUUUCUUGUACCAGCAUCCCCAAGCAGAUGAGGCAUUUCUCCAUGAGCCCUCAAAAUUAGAAGAAGUCUUUGAAUGUUUGGAUAACAUUGUAAAUGCUAAUAAGACGGAUUCAUCAAAGGAAGCAAAAAAGGUCUCCCCUUCAGAUGCCACGUCCAAUGUCACGGAUACCAACUUCUUUGUCAGCAAGCCCAUGGUUUUCCGCUCUUCAGUGAGGCGGUCUAAGCCGAGAAAAAUCCCGCUCAACACCAACCAAUUCACAUUUAUGCGCCAGAUCGAUUGCGAUCCAGAGGAUCGACUCCUAGCCAGACAACAAAGGGAGGUGACGGCCGAAACAUUUCGCAGGAUGGGAAACUUUGAGUAUCGCAAAAUGAGAUAUGAUUCGGCCAUUAUCUUCUACACCAAAGGUCUGGAAUACAUAAAGGAUACUCCUGUCCUGUAUGUUAAUCGGGCCAUAUGCUAUAUAAAAAUGCGAGAAUUCAGACGAGGCAUUAUGGACUGUGAUUAUGUAAUCAAUCACGUGGAUGGACAAUACCUCAGGGCCUGGUUAUACAGGGCUGCUGGAUAUAAGCGCCUAAAUGAUGAACCGAAUUUCGAGAAUAGCAUUUAUCAGGCAAAGAGAGAGAACUACACACAACAUGCAUACAUCGAUGAUUUUGUGGACAAAAUGCGCUCUUUACUUUAGAAAUCUAAAUUUUAAAAUAAAGUAUGAUUCAAAGAACUUA